UUCAUUUUCAAUGGCGAUCUGCACAAACACGCGUCUCCACUCUCCGCCUUCUCUCUCAUUCUCUCUCUACACUCCAAACACAGUCUCUUUCUCUCUCUUCCUCACUCAGUCUCUGCAUUUUGCUUAUGCAUUUCUUGCAGCCAAUUGCUAGCUUAUCCAAUCAACUCACACAAAGCCAUGAGCCUAGGCAAGAAGAUCAGGCUCGGAAUCGAAGGAUAUGCAAGGUUCAAUGGCUUCAUCUCCAGAUUCACUCGUCCAAAGCAAGAUGCUAAGACGCUUCCAGCAUUGCCCUGCCUUCUUGCAGAGCAGGAUCAAGAAACAAUGAGAUCUACUGGCAUAAACUCUUCAAGGAUGCUUGCACUCAUCGGGGCAGGCAUUUCUGGGAUUUUAAGCUGCACAACUAUAGCGGCUUGUUCCGAUGAGGCAGAACAUGGCCUGGAAUGUCCUAGCUAUCCGUGGCCUCACAAGGGCAUUCUCAGUUCAUAUGAUCAUGCAUCAAUCCGUCGUGGUCACCAGGUCUACCUGCAAGUUUGUGCAUCAUGCCAUUCAAUGUCUCUGAUAUCAUACCGUGAUCUCGUGGGUGUUGCAUACACUGAAGAAGAGGUAAAGGCCAUGGCAGCUGAAAUUGAGGUGGUUGAUGGGCCAAAUGAUGAGGGAGAAAUGUUCACACGCCCUGGAAAAUUAAGUGACCGUUUUCCUCAGCCAUAUGCAAAUGAACAGGCAGCCAGGUUUGCUAAUGGAGGGGCAUAUCCUCCAGAUCUAAGUCUAAUCACCAAGGCUCGUCAUAAUGGUCAGAACUAUGUAUUUGCUCUUCUAACUGGUUACCGUGAUCCUCCUGCUGGUGUUGCGAUUCGAGAAGGGCUGCACUAUAAUCCUUACUUCCCUGGGGGAGCAAUUGCUAUGCCCAAAAUGCUGAACGAUGGUGCUGUUGAAUAUGAAGAUGGUACCCCAGCAACAGAGGCACAGAUGGGGAAAGAUGUUGUAUCAUUUCUGUCCUGGGCUGCUGAGCCAGAAAUGGAAGAGAGAAAACUGAUGGGUUUCAAGUGGAUUUUCGUGCUGUCACUUGCACUUCUCCAAGCAGCUUACUACCGACGUUUGAAAUGGUCAGUCCUCAAAUCUCGAAGGUUGGUUCUUGAUGUUGUCAAUUAGUGCAUUCUGGCAUCUUCUAUUUAAUCAUAUGUUGUGAAGCAAAAUAAGCCGCAGUAGUUUUCACGUUAGAUCUAGGUACUUAUUUUUCAUCUAUGAGAAGAUGAUAUUUACAGAUAUGCUGAAUGGAGUAGAAUCUCCAGAAUAUUUGUAUUCUUUUGUUUAGGUAAAAAAUAAGUUCAUUUUUACUGUGUUUGUUCAGAUAUGUCUAAAAGCUUAUGCAGAUAACUUGUUUGCUAAUUAUUUGAGAAAACAAUAUAAAGACUUGUUUGCAAAA